CUCAAUCAGCGGCUUCCUUUUUCAGCUUUCUCUAGUUUCUCUCUACUAACAAAAGCUUUUUUGCUUCCCAUAAAAGACCUCUCUGCAAUCCAAGAUUUUUCAUUUUUAACUUUGCACUACUGUUAACGUAUACUUAUUUUUCUUUCCCAACGUAUCACAUCUCUCAAUUUCUUUCUCUUUUCGUUACCCUUUAAUUUCCUCAUCAACCCCCUUUUUUUUCCUCUCGGAAAGAGUUGCAAGUAGUUAUUAUGGGUAUCAAGAUUGAGCAAGAGCAACCUUGUGUUGAGCUUUCAAGAGUUGCGGUUUCUGAAACUCAUGGUGAAGACUCCCCCUAUUUUGCUGGGUGGAAAGCCUAUGACGAGAACCCUUAUGAUGAAUUAACAAACUCCUCCGGAGUUAUACAAAUGGGAUUGGCAGAAAAUCAAGUUUCAUUUGAUUUGCUGGAAAAGUACUUGGAGGAACACUCAGAGGCCUCAACAUGGGGAAAAGGAGCUCCUGGUUUCAGAGAGAACGCUUUGUUCCAAGACUACCAUGGACUUAAAUCAUUCAGAACAGCAAUGGCAAGCUUCAUGGAACAAAUAAGAGGAGGGAGAGCGAAAUUUGACCCAGAUAGAGUGGUCCUCACAGCAGGCGCAACUGCAGCCAAUGAACUCUUAACCUUCAUUCUUGCAAACCCAGGAGAUGCUCUACUUGUUCCAACGCCUUACUAUCCAGGAUUUGAUAGAGAUUUAAGGUGGAGAACUGGGGUGAACAUAGUUCCAAUCCAUUGUGACAGCUCAAACAACUUCCAAAUCACUCUUCAAGCUUUGGAGGCUGCAUAUAAAGAAGCAGAAGCAAAGAACACAAGAGUAAGAGGAGUGUUGAUCACAAACCCAUCAAACCCCUUAGGUGCAACAAUUCAACGGUCGGUUCUGGAGGAGCUUCUUGACUUCGUGACUCGCAAGAACAUCCACCUUGUCUCAGAUGAAAUCUACUCAGGCUCAGUGUUUUCCUCCUCCGAGUUCGUGAGUGUAGCAGAAAUCCUCGAAGCUCGCCAAUACAAGAACGCAGAAAGGGUUCACAUUGUUUAUAGCCUCUCCAAGGACCUUGGUCUUCCUGGUUUCAGAGUUGGAACUAUUUAUUCAUACAAUGAUAAGGUUGUGACCACAGCGAGAAGGAUGUCAAGUUUCACCUUAAUAUCCUCUCAGACACAGCACCUUUUGGCGUCUAUGUUGUCUGAUAAGAAGUUCACAGAGAACUACAUUGAGACCAACAGGCAGAGGCUGAAGAAGAGGUACCAAAUGAUCAUUGAAGGGUUGAGAAGGGUUGGCAUAGAGUGUUUGAAAGGGAAUGCAGGGUUGUUUUGCUGGAUGAAUCUGAGUCCACUGUUGGAGAAGCCAACUAGGGAAGGAGAAUUGGAGCUUUGGAAUGCUAUUUUGCAUGAAGUGAAACUCAAUAUCUCUCCGGGGUCUUCUUGUCAUUGUUCUGAACCGGGUUGGUUCAGGGUGUGUUUUGCAAAUAUGAGUGAGCAGACGCUGGGAGUGGCACUGGAGAGACUACGUAACUUCAUGGAACGAAUGAAGAAAGACUAAUGGUGCUGUCAUCAUAAGUUCUAUGAAUGUUGUUGUUUUUAUAAUAGUACUAUAUUGUUAUUUGUUAUUUUCUUUAUUUUUAAAUGGUUCUGGCCAUUUUGAUAAAUUCUUUAUUUUUGGGUAGCAACAAAACCCAAAACCCAUGUAAGGAAAAAGCAAAUGUAUACUGUAGAACAGCAGAUUCGCUGCCUCAAGUAGUGAAGUGUCCUAGUUGUUGUUUGCUUGCUUAACUUAAGCAAGUUGAUUACUUAAUUAAAAACUCCUUUUGUAUGAUUAAAGUGAAAUAUCUAUUAAUGAAAAAUGUUGUCUCUAAAUUAUGUAUA